GACGGAUAUGCCUCCCAGUUGGAGCUUACCAUCCAAAUAGUCAACAUCUAACGCGGGUUGAAAACAAGAAUGAAAGAGUAACCGCCAAAUCUAGUCACAUAGAAGAAAAUUUAAUCUCGAGAAGUGAAUUUGGCUGAUCAACAACCCUUUUCUGACGCUCGUUUUUUUUUUGAAUCAGCUCCCACGCGAAAGUAACUCGAAAUCAAAGAAGAGCAGCACCAGUAAUCGUGCCGGUUACCUCUGAAAAUGAAAAGCUGAAACUGUGUUGAACAAACAGAAGUGGAAAAUCUUUUUUUUUUUUUGUUAAAAAACGGAGGAAAUCUCAAUCCGGAAAAGACAGCAUAACAUACAUAAAAGUGAGCUUCCACAAAGGCACUGCGGGAACACUUGUUACAAGUAAAGCUGCUGCCAGUGCGCGGUGAAUGCUACCCGAAACCAAUGGAAGAUAGAGCAUAGGGAAGAUAUCAAAAUUAGAUUUAUGGAAUUUUAAGUGCUUUAUUGUAUAAAGAUUUGCGGCGCGAUUCUGGCUUCCCUGGGGUUUCCUUUUCUUUCUUCGCUGCUCUACACGGGAUUUGUAAACCUUGCAUCCGCAUCCGCAUCCGCAACUGAGUGCUGAUCUCCCGGUAUAAAGUGUGAAAAGUGAAGAUUGUAGAUUCAGAGCGUUACCAAACGAAGUGCAAGUGUGGAAAGCUACGCGUAGUGUGAGAAAACCCCACCAGAUUUUCCGGCUGUCAGACGGGGAAAGUCAGUAAAAAGACACAAUGCGGCGAGGAUAUGCCGGUUUAGUGGGAUGUGCUGUGGUUAGUAUGGUACUACUAUCCACAGUGUACAAAGCUAAUGCUCUCAAUGCAUGGCAAGCAGCCAUGCUCAAUCCGAACGUUCUCCAGAUGUUGAUGAACGGUGGUUUUGACACGCGGCAGCCGGCGCGAAUAUUCCUUCCUCCCAAGUUCUAUUCCUCGAUUCUGUACGACAGUGGCCACCGCAGCCCGGAAGAAAUAUUCCGCACUAAUGUGGAGCUCAUGAUGGAAGCCGUUUACGAUGACAGUCUCCUACUCAAGCAAAGCCCAUCAACAGCAUCAUUAUCACAAGCCGACCUGACAUCCUUAGUGGCACCAUCAGGAGCAACGUUCAAUCGACCCAACUCAAUUUCGUAUUCCGAUGGCAGCACAGGAAAUCGCAAUAAAGGAAGCGGAGCAUUGGAGAAAAAUACUGUAACAAAUUUCAAAUCGUCCUCGGCAUCAACUCCGGGGAAGACGAUGCCUUCGCCAAUCGUUUCAUAUCAGAUCCAGAGCGGCGUGCCACAAAUUGGCAGUAGAAUCCCUACUGGUGGGAAAAGACAGAACUUCGACAGCACGAGGGAUCCAGCUCAGAAGGUUGGUUUGGGUUACAAUCUGCGCUCGGCGCUUCCUGGGGAACCAGAUGUUGACUAUCCAAUUCUUGGACGCAUUCCGGAUACCAGUUUCAAGUGCCAUGGGCGACGUGAUGGAUACUACGCCGACGUGGAAGCUCGAUGCCAAGUGUUCCGGGUUUGUGCCAAUACCGACGAUUCCGGUUCAGGAUUUGCUUUUCUUUGUCCAAACGGCACCCUGUUCAAUCAAAGAUACUUUGUUUGUGAUUGGUACAUGAACGUUCGUUGCGCAGAAAGUGAAAAUUAUUACAGCAAGAACGAAGAACUUGGUAAGACCACCACAGACUUUGGAAAAAUGAUGGGUGCCGUGAUGUCGAUGGUUGGCUUCCCAAUGAUGUCCAAGAUGAUGGCGGCUGUUGCUGCUGAUGAUGUGCCAUUCAACAACGUGAGGCCGAGCUCACUUAACGAUGAUAUUUCCUCAAAUGGGAAAAACAGCUUCAGCUUUAACAUGCUAGACUUUGUUGGAGGAAAUCAACCCUCAUUCGGCCAGGAUGGCAUCAAGGAAAACCUUAUUCCAUCGAAGGGUGGUGUGAAGGGCGGCGUUUUCCAAUCAAAAUUCAAUAAGGAGAGUAGUUACCAGGCUCACAUGGGCAAAGACGUGACACAUCCAGCGAAUCAAGUGUAUGUCUCCAGUUUAGGAACUCUUUCAACCGACCCGCAGUCAGGCUUCGAUCCGGUAAAAUCAACUUUCCUCGCGCCAUCAGUCGGAUUGGAACUGCUUCCACCAAGAUUGACGAGUAGUCUGAAAGUGCCAACCAUUGCACAGAAACAGAAGUUCAACGAAGAGAUCAAUUCCGCACCACCAAUGCCCAAAGCACAAUUCGAACUACUAAUGGGUAAGCUGCUGAAAACGUGGACCGACAAGGGUUAUGCUAAAACUUUCUCACCGAGGCCUCAGACACCUAAAGCUAUUUUACCACCAUCGGGCGUCCUUCCACCGUCUCCUUUGCCACUUGGCACGAAUCGUCUGCAGUUCUUCGCCGGAAAGUCACAAAUAGCUCAAACUCCUCCGGCACCACGUAAUCCAAAUCCUACCACAGUUCAAAACGUGAUUCGAGUGAAUAAAGUAUUUGUCGCGCCGCAAAGUUAUCGCCCAUCAAGUUAUGUUACUUUCUCGCAAACACCAAUUCCGCAAUCUGUGGCCCAAAGACUCAAUGUGGGAAGUCGUCCCAUCGUAAAUCCAUCAUCAGUUCAGAUUUCACGGCGAAAUGGCAUUCCAGUUCAAAGAAUUUUGCGACCAGCACCGUUGUCAGCAUCGGCCAUAAGGAGAGAAAUCGGAUACGACAUAGAAAUUGUUCCCUCUAAUGGGUAUUAUCUCAAUAACAAGCUGGAGAGAAACUCAUAUUUUGAUGCGCUGAACAAACAAGCCAAAUCGGAUAACGGUUUGAACUACUUUAGUGGUUUAUCAUCGUACAAUGUUCCUAUCAGUAGUAUAGGACCAAAGUACAAUAAACAGCGAUGAGAGGAUUUAGUUUGUGUUUUAAUCGAUCAACUUUGUACACAUUGAGUAGCUAUUAGGUUAAGGUUUCGUAGUUGGUAUCUAACAGAUCCGAUAGUAGUUCAAUUUGUGAAUGAUAUGUGUGUAAAAAUGUUAAAUAAAUUGAAAACUAAAUAAGCCCAGUAUAUCUCUUAUGUUUAAUUUUCUUUUAUAUCAGUCAUUAAAUUAGUGUUUGCGUUUUUCAAAAUGCUCUCAUUAGCAUUUGUCAUUACUUUUCUGAAAGUAUAAAAAGCAUAUUUAUUCGAUCGCAGUACGCAUAUGAGUAGAAAUGUCAUUUUGCGCGCUUAUU